AUAUUUCAAACGGUCACUCUACUGAAUUUUUUUAAUUAGAAAUUUAUCCCAACUGUCGCAUUUUAACAGUUUUUAGCCGUUUAUAGAUGUAAUUUAGGUUGAAAAACCUUUUUAAACAGUGAUUGAGAGCGGAAUAAAGGCGUGAGGCAUACAAAUGGAGGAUAUAUUCCACUGGUGCCGCGAGGGCAACUCGAUUCAAGUGCGCCUGUGGUUGGAUGAAACGGAGAACGACAACAAUUUGGGAGACGACCAUGGCUUCAGUCCAUUGCACUGGGUGGCCAAGGAGGGACACGCCAAGCUGGUGGAGACUUUGCUGCAGCGUGGAGCUCGUGUGAAUGCCACGAACAUGGGCGACGACAUCCCACUCCAUUUGGCUGCAGCUCACGGCCAUCGCGAUGUGGUCCAAAUGUUGAUAAAGGAGCGCAGCGAUGUAAACGCGGUGAACGAGCAUGGGAAUACACCCCUACACUACGCCUGCUUCUGGGGCUACGACAUGAUCUGCGAGGAUCUUCUGAACGCGGGGGCCCAGGUGGGAAUCGCUAACAAGGACGACCACACGCCCAUCGAAAAGGCCAAGCCCAGUUUGGCCAAGAGGCUGCAGGAUCUGGUGGAGAAGAGCGGCCGGGAGGUGAAGGUGAUCAGCUUCAAGGAGCAGAGCUGGCCGGGCAUGAAGACGAGGUCCAGGGACGCCACCCUGUCCCGCUUUAAGGGCAUCAGCAUGGGAGACUUGGACCUGCACACCAAGCUCUCGGUCACGCCAUCGGGAGAAACCUGGCGGGGACGCUGGCAAAAGAACGAUGUGGUGGCCAAGAUCCUAGCCGUGCGUCAGUGCACGCCCCGUAUGUCGAGGGACUUCAACGAGGAGUUCCCCAAGCUGCGCAUCUUCUCGCAUCCCAACAUUUUGCCUAUCAUAGGGGCCUGCAAUUCGCCGCCUAAUCUGGUGACCAUUAGUCAGUUCAUGCCACGUUCGUCACUGUUCAGUCUGCUCCAUGGAGCCACUGGUGUGGUGGUCGACACCAGCCAGGCGGUUAGCUUUGCCUUGGACGUGGCCCGGGGAAUGGCCUUCCUGCACUCGCUGGAGCGCAUCAUACCCACGUACCACCUGAACAGCCAUCACGUGAUGAUCGACGAGGAUCUGACGGCGAGGAUUAACAUGGGCGAUGCCAAAUUCUCGUUCCAGGAGAAGGGACGCAUCUACCAGCCGGCCUGGAUGUCGCCGGAGGCACUGCAGCGCAAGCAGGCGGAUCGAAACUGGGAGGCCUGCGACAUGUGGAGCUUUGCCAUACUCAUUUGGGAGCUGACCACGCGCGAAGUGCCCUUCGCCGAGUGGUCGCCCAUGGAGUGCGGCAUGAAGAUUGCGUUGGAGGGACUGCGGGUCAAAAUUCCGCCUGGCACCUCGUCGCACAUGGCCAAACUGAUUGGAAUUUGCAUGAACGAGGAUCCCGGCAAGCGACCCAAGUUCGACAUGGUGGUGCCCAUUCUAGAGAAAAUGAGGCGCUGAAGCGUAGGAGCAAAAUCAUCAGAUGCCAAGCCAAAAUGUGCCUUGAGAAACCUUCGUUUUGCCAACUAAUUGUAAUUACUACUUGUGUUAUCUUUGUCUAACUGAGCCUAACCGAAAACCGAACCGAAAUGGCAAGCUAGUGCAACUGUCCUGCCUAGAAUUUAUGUUUCUGUGUCUCACUGUUCUCUACUUAUGAUUUUCCGUCGAUGUUUAGUGCGGGUGCUCGAUUUUAUCGUACAUUUUAAGUUCGAUAACCCUUAGGAUCGUAUUUAUACAGAAAUAUAUUUGUUACUAAUUAA